AAGAUUUAGAGGUCACGAGUGACGGCAAUCGACUUGGUAGGGAAGGAUUGAAGAAAAACAUAGGGAUUUUUUCAUGCUUGCGGGAAUUUUGAUAAAUGUCUUUUUGUUUAUCCUGUUUGUUGUCAUGGUAGAGUGUAAACAAAUUGUGAUAAGCAAAUUUAAUUUCGUCUUAAAUAUUUUAUUCAGAAAAAUUUUAGUAAAAUCGGGUCGUCGUUUUUGUGGGAAUUUUUUUUUUGCUAAAUUUUAAGUUUUUGAUUGUGGUUGUAUUUUUAAAUUUUAAAUGAAUUCUGAAUUUGAUUUAAGAUUGCUGUUUUUAUCUAGUGCAAGUCAACAUGUUCAAUAUUUUUCCAAAAGCGUGCGUAGAAAUGUUAAAAAAGUAAUUUAUACCUAUGAAAAUAGUUCACUGGAUGACAUACUAUCAUUUACUAUUGCUGAAUUAGGUGGGAAAAAAGUACAAAGUAUGGCUUUUUUAUUACAUGGUACUUCUAAAGAAUUGUUUCUAGCUGGAGUAGGAAACAGUGUUAUAUGCUACCAGUCUUUAGUGCAAGAUGUAUUAAUAAGAGAUUUUUUUACUUGCUUAUCAUCGACAUUCAUGGAUAUGAAUAAAGAGAAGGCUCGUAUUGAUUUUUUCAAUUCUUCACUUACCCCAGAUGAAGCAUCUAAAUUUAGUGAUGAACUUCAAAGUAUUAUAAAGUUACCUGUUGGGGUUAUUGAGGAUGUUAAUAGAUGUAAUGUGCAAGUUGAUUGCACUAUAAAUGGUGAAGCAAAAUCUAAACUUGUCAGUGAACUAUAUUUUCAUCAAGAAAAAUUGGAGGAACUUUUGAACUCAUCUUUGCCGACUCACAUGCAAAACUUAUCAGGUUAUGAAAAAAUAAGAACUGUUGGAAAAGGUGCUUUUGGGACUGCCGUCUUAUAUCGUAAGAAGUAUGAUGACUCAUUAGUCAUUGUAAAGGAAAUAAACAUGCAUGACUUGACUGCGAGUGAAAGACAGCUAGCUAUUAAUGAGGUCAGUGUGUUAUCUAUGCUAAAUCAUGAAAACAUAGUGAGUUAUUAUGACAGCUUUGAAGAAGACGGAUUAUUAAUGAUAGAAAUGGAAUAUGCUGAUGGAGGAAAUCUUGCUCAAUAUUUGGCUCAAAUGAAAACAUCGCUUGAUGAAAAAGAUAUUCUUCUGUUUUUUAAACAAAUAGUAUCUGCCAUAAAACAUAUGCACGAUCACAAUAUAUUGCACAGAGAUCUCAAAACUGCUAACAUAUUUUUGACCAAAGAUGGUGCUGUUAAGGUUGGUGAUUUUGGAAUAUCAAAAAUGCUGACAACAAAGCAGGGAGGUGCCAUGACUGUUGUAGGAACACCAUACUACAUCAGUCCUGAAAUGUGUGAGGGUAAAUUUUACAAUCAAAAAUCUGACAUCUGGGCACUUGGUUGUAUUUUGUAUGAAAUGGCUUGCCAACAAAAAACGUUUGAAGGCUCUAAUCUUCCUGCUCUUGUAAACAAAAUUGUAAAGGGUCAGUUUGCUCCAGUUCGAGGCAAUUACUCACCAGGAUUCAAACAGCUGAUUCGGGAUCUUCUUCAACGAGAUCCAGACAUGCGACCGACGGCUACUGAAAUUCUAAAUAAUAGAUUACCAUCUCUUAUAAUGGUGUAUGAUGAAGAUAAUAAUAAAGAUUAUGAAGAUUCCGAAAUUUCAAUGGAUUUUGAAUAUCAAGGGCAGCCUGGAAAUUCCAAAAGCUUCAGUUCAGAUCUGAGAUCUGUGUUGUAUGAAGUGAAAAUGCAUGAAGCUGAUAUUUCUCUCACUCCAAUACCUCUUCCACCCCGAAGUAAAAUAAAAGAGGUUGCCCUCAGUUCCACUCACAUGAUAGUUGUGACAGCUGAACUUUUGGUGUACACUUGGGGUGAUGGCAGAAAAGGUCAACUUGGACACGGUAAGUUGGAGACCUGGAGAGACAAGCCAUUUUGUGUAGAAGCUUUGAAGGGAAAGAAUAUUGCCCGAGUGUGUGCUGGAGAAGGCUUCAGCGUGUUCUCCAGUGACAAUGGAAUCCUGAUGACUUGUGGGAAUGGAUCCCAGGGUUGCUUGGGACAUGGAGACUGGAACAUGUGUGUCAAACCUAAAAUCAUUGAGAAAUUACUCAGUAUCGAUGUGUCUGAUGUCAGUUGUGGUCCAAAUCACGUUGUGGUGGUCGGCCGAGAAGGUGAUGCCUAUUCCUGGGGGUGCGGUUCGGGUGGACGGCUUGGUACAGGCUCUGAAGAGGACUGUUGUGCUCCUGUUGAAAUUAUAUUCCCUCAUGAUGCGAAAGUGGUGAAGUCAUUUUGUGGACAUGAUGGCACCAUGUUUAUUACAGAGAGAGGGACCCUCCUUGCAUGUGGAAUGAAUGAUUUCAACAAACUUGGAAUGAAUGAACAGAGGGGGUUCCUCAUUCAAAUGAUUGCAAAGUGUAAUGUUGAGAAACAUAAUAUUCCUGUGAAACUUAGCUGGCUGCGUCAGAAAGCAAUAUCUGUCUCUAUGGCUGCGAUGCACACAGCUGUUUUGGUGGAGCCAGGCAAAAUAAUCACCUUCGGCUUCAACAAGAAUGGUCAACUUGGAAGGGGAAACACACGAAAUCAUUCCUCACCAGCCAUUGUGAAGUCCAUGUCUGAUCGGACAGUUACGAUGGUGGAAUGUGGAGACACCUUUACAAUCGCCGGUACAUCGGAGAAUGCUGUGUAUUUCUGGGGAAGUCGACAGAUACUGUCUCCUUAUUCAUCCAACGAAGUGACGCCCAAUCACAAGGGUUCAAAUCAAAAAGCAUCAAAAACAGCCAAGAGUACUUCAAGAAGAAGACAAAGUACAGAUUCUGAGUUCAUGUCAGAAAUGAGUGAAACUUCCGUUUCUGAAAUUAUCAAAGUUGGGGUGAGCAAUAGUCCUCUUAUGACAGAAAUUGAAAGAAUUGGACCAGACUCUCCCAUAAUACAAGUCAAAACACCAGAUGCUCCCAGCUCUAGGUCACCUUCAUCUUCCAUUUCCAGCAGUAAAUCUGUCUUCUCAUCUCAUGGUGAUGAUGAUGGUUUGGCUGAUUCUUGCAUUGGAAGAAAAGACUUUGUUUUGAAUCCAAAAGAAAUUUUGGCAUUGUAUGCUUCUCCUGCGCAGAUAGGGAGGGGAGAAGUGGUGAGCUUAGCCAAUGUGUAUUGCUGUGGAAUGCAGGUGUAUCUUGUUGUUGAUACAACCGCUCCCCUACCUCGUUCUAACAAAAGAACAAAUUCUGCACCCUCUAAAGCUAUGAAUGCAGCACCUUUGGUACCAUCUGAAUCAAAACCAUCUCUAUCUGAAGAAGAUAGCUUGGGGCCGAUUCCAGAGUGGCUCAAAAUGGAGUUAGCCAAUGCUGUUCAGACAAAUACAAUCUCAAAGAAUUUCACAACUGCAAAUACUGGGGAUGCUGCAAAGUCACAUAGGCAUGCAGUUGGGGAGACAAAGCAGGGACACAAAUCCCAUUCUCAACAUUCAGAAAGCAUCACUGUGCAGCCUGUUUCAUCUCACCCAAAUAGAAUAAUUUCCGAUGAAAACAAAAACAAUGGACUGUCUCAGUUUCAGAAAGAUGUCAACAGGAAUAACAACUCUGUUCAUAAUGUUCGAGAAAAGGAACUAGAAAAUGAAAUUGUAAAACUAAAGGAAGAAUUAAAAAGAUAUAAAGAUAUGCCAAAUAAAAACUCUUGUUUUCAGGAAGAAGAAUUUUUAGAUGCAGAUUAUGAGGAGAGACCUGUAUCUAAAAAAAGUGCCUGGUCUAGAAGAGGAAGCAGCCAAGCUUCCAAAUCAAAACUUCGCAGCAAAAUUUGUGUUUUACAAUGACAUAUUUUAUAUUCCUAACAAAAUUAUGUACAUAAUAUCAAAUAAAUUAUUUUCUUUUA